AUCAUUUUAAAGUGCCCUUCUUUGCAUUAGAAGCAACAUCUGUCAAUCUCAUAGGUAGACAUUUAAAAGAGAUGAGCAGUAAUUUCCUGUAGAAUGUGGACGCAUGUGUGCUGCUGUCUGGCCCCGCCCGGGAGGAGUGACUCUGACUCCGGACUGAAGCUCGAGCUCUUCAGCGCCCUGCAGUUCAUGCAGCACAGGGAGCGCGACACACAUCACCGCGCGUUCACGCGAUUCACAUUUGGAAUAUAACGGCUGCAAGAGCGCGGUCAAGGAUGAAAGGUGGAGGUUUGGCAGGGAGGUGUAGUCCCCGCUAGAUUCGCCACCUCGCCAUCAUCAUCAUCUCUCUUGGUUGCUCCACCUGCAGUCAUCAUGUCCAAUCACCUGGAGUUGCUGACAGAGCUGCAGCAGCUGGAUAAGGUGCCCAGCCUCGAACGUCUACGGGCCGCUCAGAAACGCCGCACACAGCAGCUCAAGCAAUGGGCCGUCUACGAGAAGGAGAUGCAAAACAAAAAGCGCAAGGCCGACAAACGCUGUGCCAAUGGUAACCAUGGAAACAUAGCGGCGAAUCGUAAAAGGGUUUCGUUUGCAGCGAGUGUUGCUUUGUUGGAGGUCUCUGCGAGAAACGAUCCAGAUGAAGUGCGAUAUCUACUGAAGAACAACAUUAGUCCUGAUCUGAGUAAUGAAGACGGUCUGACAGCACUGCACCAGUGUUGUAUUGAUAACUAUGAAGACAUCGUGCAGAUCUUACUGGCUCACGGAGCGACUGUAAACGCUCAGGACAACGAGCUCUGGACGCCGCUGCACGCUGCUGCAACCUGCGGACACACAGGACUCGUCAAGAUCCUCAUACAGCAUGGUGCUGAUCUGUUAGCUGUGAACUCUGAUGGUAACAUGCCCUAUGACCUCUGUGAGGAUGACCCCACGCUCGACAUCAUAGAGACUGCCAUGGCCAAUCGAGGCAUCACGCAGGAGAUGAUCAAUGAGACACGAGCGGCGGUGGAGAGGAGGAUGCUGGAAGAUAUUCAGAACAUCCUGCAGGACGGCGCUGACAUCAGCAAACACGACUCACAGGGAGCUACACUGCUUCAUGUCGCCGCAGCGAACGGUUACGCACAGGCUGCAGAACUGCUGUUAGAGGGUGGAGCCAGAACUGACCUGAGAGAUGUUGAUGGGUGGCAACCGUUGCAUGCUGCUGCAUGCUGGGGACAGGUUCAUGUGGCAGAGCUGCUCGUGUCUCAUGGUGCCAAUCUAAAUGCCAAAACACACAUGGAGGAGACACCCAUCGAUCUGUGCGAGGACGAGGAGUUCAGGAAUCAUCUACUGGAACUGAAGCACAAGCACGACAUCAUCAUGAAGUCACAGCUCAAACACAAGACGUCACUGUGUCGCAGAACCAGCAGUGCAGGCAGCCGCGGGAAGGUGGUGAGGAGGGCGAGUCUGUCAGACAGACAUAAUCUAUGCAGGAAAGAGUAUCAGACAGAAGCAAUCGUGUGGAGAGGGAGAGAGAACGAGAGAGAACGAGAGUCUGACCAGGAGAACAGCCAAUCAACUCAGUCUGAUGAAGCCCAUCCAGCUCCUGGAAUCCUGAAGGAAGGAGGUCGACAAAACGGCAGCAUCUCCACCAGCACGACCCCUGCGGAGCCGCCUGCUCCUAACGGUGACCCCGUGACCCCUGAGCCUCAUGACACCACUCCGUCCACUGAGGAGUGUAAGCCCAAAGAGCUGCGCGCUCAGACGCUGUCCGAACUCAAAAAGAAGCGCGCUGCCUCCAAACUCCUCAACGGUCACCUGGGGAACGGCUCCACUGUUUCGAUGGAGACCAAAGGCAGUGUCGAGGAUCCGCACAUGCCGCUGGUUUCGUCCAAUGGCAGCGCAGUUUACUUCACGCCCGCCAGCGGAGACCUGCCCCUUUACAUAUUCAAGCAGCCAAUAGAAGACGAGGAUCCCAAAACUCACGGCUGCUGCUGCAUCUCAUAGAGAGCAUCAGUCAGAGGAUUCCAAGCGUCUGAUUGGCUGGAAAUUAAACACGUAACAGAACGCUCGGACGCCCACUAGUGGAAUUGAUCCCACAUUUCACCUGCCAGAGAUUUUUCCUCUGCGAUCGUCCUUUCCGCUCCAAACCCGUACAUAUCAGGAGGCGUUCCACUGAAGAAAUGCAGGAAGAGGAAAUGGAGAAGCAGUGUGAGGUAAACAGAAUGUAAAAGAAAGUGAAAUAUGAGGUACGGUUGAGUGGUGUGACCUCUCUAUGAACUCUGAAACAGGAAAGGGAAGUUCUGAAAUAAGGAUGGAAAUAUUGCACAGUUGUCCCUCAUUCAGGUUUCACAGGUUAAAUCUGACACACUUUUUCACUUCCAGCAUCGAUUCUGAGCAACUAUGAAGAUUUCAUUCAACUUAAUGUAUGAUUGUGCUUUAAACCAACUCCUGAUGAUGACCACAUCGGACUCAAAUCAAAAGAAAACUGCUAGGGAUGCACAAGUAAAUUAAUUCAGCGUUCAUGGAACAUCGCAGCCAGAUCUCGUGCUGUUGAACAGUUUGGAAACGUCGAUUUACACAGGAACAGAAUAAAACAUUAACAGUAUUUCUGUUGCCGGUUAUGAUUGUGAGGCGACAGACAGACGUUUUUGUGUACAGUAUUUAUUUGUAUAUGUGCAUAGAAGCCACUGUACUAUAAGAUGAAUUAUUUAUUGUAUUGCAGAGAGAUGAACUGACCGCAAACCGAAAUCUGAUGAUUUAUGAAGGAGUCCUUUUAGUCUGUUUUCAGACGGCAGUAUUUUUGUAUGACAGUGUUAUGGAAGCCCUACAUGUGCAUUAGAAGGAAAUACAGUCUACAUUGUAUUAUUCAUCGUAUGAUCAGUGUUUUAUUUGAGGGUUCAAGGGUCAAGAGCACAGGGAUGGGUUUGUAUGGGAGAGUAGUAGAGGUCGGCCUAUAGUUGAUUUGUCUGAUACCGAUAACGAAGGUGGUGAAAAGGGCAGAUAACCAAUUAAUUGGCCAAAAUCGAUUUAUAGAAUGUCAGAAGAAUUUCUUAUUUUUUUCUUACCAUGGUGGACACAGAAAAAGAGUCCAAAAUGAAUUACAUACCAGAUGCGGUUUAUUGUUUAACCAAAAUUAGAGGUAUAUCGGUUUUACCGAUUAAUCGGUACCGAUAGUUGCUUUUUGGAACUGCUUUUUUUUCUCUGUGUUCCUCUAAAGUUAUAUAUAUAUAUAUAUAUAUAAUAUAUACAGUAAAUAUAGAACAUUGUAACAAAGUGUCUGUCAUUUCAAGAUAAAAGUCCGCUGUCAUUUUUGGGCUUGUUUAUUUAGUUAAAAGUUCCCGGUUAUGCACCAAAUCAGUAAUUUUUCAUAGUAAUAAAAGGGGAAGAAUAAAUGUUUUUUAUUUUUAUUUUUUUUAUUUUUACUUUCUAUAAAUCAAUUGUAAAAACUAUCGGCCGAUUAAGCAGUUAUCGGCCUUUUCCACCACCUUAGUUUUUACUAUCUGCAAAAUCAACUAUCGGGCUAAGCAAAAUCCCAAUAAUAAUCAGAAUUUUUUUUAAAGUAUAAACAAGUCCCAAAACAUAUCAGGGACUCUUAUUUUGAAAAUACAAAUGAUGAAAAAACUAUCGGCAACUAUCGGCAUAGAUUUUUGCCGAUAGGUCCAAAAAGCAACUAUCGGCACCAAUUAAUUAGUAAAAGCAAUACAUCGGUCUACCUCUAGAGAGAAGUAUAUCUAGAUAAUAUAACCCUCAUUCUGUAAAAGAAAACCUUGGUAGCAGAAAAUGCAAAUAGUAUGAGAUUUUCACCAACCAAAGUAUUCAACAUAUCUUCUGAUCUUGAAAGGAUUAUUAUUUGAUUUGUGCAGUUCUGCCUAGGUAGCUCUAUCUAUUUCCUGCCACUUUCUGAUUGGGUGCCAAAGUCUUCCAGAAGAUGUACAUCAGAAACAGCCAAUGAGGUUCCAGGAACACUCCCAUAGCCCCUCCCUCUUCUCAGCGCUCGCCCUAUAGAGCCGUUCAGACGUGACGUCAAUUUGUGUACAAACAUGGAAAGCUAUUUCACCAUACAAAUUUCCUAUGCUUUUUUUAUAUAUUAUUUUUAAAAUAGUAAAAUAAGAUCUGUGGCGAAAAUUACUUGAAGAGACUUUCACGUUUUUGUUCUAGAACAUUAAUUACUCAGUCAUACCUCAAUCGUGGAUUUUGAAGCUGUUGUGUCUUUUAAAAAAGCAUGUUGCUGAAUAAGGACUACAAUAGUCGUCCAUUGCAUAAAGCACGCAGCUCACAUGCUGAUGGGAGUUGUAGUCCUUAAUUAGCAUUGUGAUAUUAACGUGCAUUUUUAAAACAAACACAGUAGCUUCAAAAUUAAUAUGAGAUAUACAGACAAAACGUUAAAGUCACUUCAAGUUAUAUUAAUCACAGGCUUUAUUUUACUCAUUAAUCUAAAACUGCUAUUAUAAAAACUCAGUGGCUUGAAAAUGUUCAUUGUCUUCCGGGUUUUCGGACUACAACCUGAACAGCUCUAUUCAUUUGUCACUUUACAAAGGCGGAAAACAAAUGUAAAUAAUCUUUGGAAUUUGUUUUCCUUUUGAUUGUGAAAGUAAUAGUGAAAUGCAAUAUGGCAGUAAUAUGACUCAAUAUUACUGUGAAACUGAAACGCUUCAUACUGUAUCUGUCAGAGGCCAAUAUGUGCUGACAAUACCGGCUUUAUUUGAACAGAGAUCUGUUUUAAGGGUUUAUGAAGGUGCCCACAGAAGGGCUUUUGUGUUUGACUGAAUAUGAACAAACACACAAAACUGUCACUGUUGUCAUGACAGUCGUAGCAUACAGUCAUACAGUAUUCCUGUAGCAUAUCAGAAAUGUAAAUAGAAAUAUGACUGAUGAUAUUUAGCCUCAAAAGAGUUUUGCUUCCAUUUUUACUGUGUUAAACAGUCGCUGUUUUUCAGUCCACAGGAAUAUGGACAUGUCAUGCCUCGCUCACGAUAAAGGGAAAAUCACAACUACUGAUUUUAUAAUUACUGGAAUACACUGAUCACUGUAUUAACAUAUUUUCAAUAAAUUGUAUAUUUUGAUCAGUUUCUAAAACAGUCUUGUUUCUUGACCCAUUUUCACAAACUAUGGGUGACUCACACAAAACUUGUCAAGAAAAUAACCUGGUUCUGUUUUACUCCAAAAAUAAAUAAAUAAAUAAAAAUGUUUCUUUGCAAAAAUAAAGUAAACUUAUUUUUAGGGCCAUUAAAAUCCUUUACACUGACAUUAUUUUCAUGAUAGUGAUGAACAUUUGCUCCCAGUGCUCAUUACCGCAACGUGUAUACAUAUAUAUAUAUACACUAUAUUGCCAAAAGUAUUCGCUCAUCUGCCUUUAGACGCAUAUGAACUUAAGUGACAUCCCAUUCUUAAUCCAUAGGGUUUAAUAUGAUGUCGGCCCACUCUUUGCAGCUAUAACAGCUUCAACUGUGAGGUCAGACACUGAUGUUGGACGAGAAGGCCUGGCUCGCAGUCUUCGCUCUAAUUCAUCCCAAAGGUGCUCUAUCGGGUUGAGGUCAGGACUCUGUGCAGGCCAGUCAAGUUCUUCCACACCAAACUCGCUCAUCCAUGUCUUUAUGGACCUUGCUUUGUGCACUGGUGCGCAGUCAUGUUGGAACAGGAAGGGGCCAUCUCCAAACUCAAGACUCGUCCAUCAGAUUGCCAGAUGGAGAAGCGUGAUUCAUCACUCCAGAGAACGCGUCUCCACUGCUCCAGAGUCCAGUGGCGGCGUGCUUUACACCACUGCAUCCGACGCUUUGCAUUGCACUUGGUGAUGUAUGGCUUGGAUGCAGCUGCUCGGCCAUGGAAACCCAUUCCAUGAAGCUCUCUACGCACUGUUCUUGAGCUAAUCUGAAGGCCACAUGAACUUUGGAGGUCUGUAGCGAUUGACUCUGCAGAAAGUUGGCGACCUCUGCGCAC